UGAGGUCAUCGGGCUUGGCAAAGUGUCACAUUCAGAAUCUGUCAAAACAAAUUGGUCAAUGGUACUUGUGUCGAAAUAUCCUUAAUUUACCAACAAAAUGGGUCUAUUUGGCAAAUCUAAUGAUCGAAAUCCAAAGGAAAUGGUAAACGAAUGGUCACACAAACUACGUAAAGAAGGGUACAAUUUGGAUAGACAAAUUCGAGCAAUACAGCGCGAAGAGGAAAAGAUAAAGCGUUCUCUAAAAGAGGCAGCCACAAAGAACGACAAGCAAGUGUGUACAAUAUUGGCAAAGGAAAUCAUACGGUCGCGGAAGGCUAUAAGUAAAAUAUACACUAGCAAAGCACAUUUGAACUCAGUACAAAUGCAGAUGAAGAAUCAGCUAGCUACCUUAAGAGUUGCGGGAUCAUUGCAAAAGUCCACAGAGGUAAUGCAAGCUAUGCAAGCUCUCAUCCGUUUACCCGAGAUAGCCAAUAUCAUGCAAGAGAUGAGUAAAGAGAUGAUGAAGGCCGGCAUCAUUGAAGAGAUGUUGGACGAGACCAUGUCUGCGGUGGAGGAUGAAGAGGAAAUGGAGGAGGCGGCACAGAGCGAGGUUGACAAGGUGCUAUGGGAGCUAACGCAGGGGAAGCUCGGCGAAGCCCCCGCGCCGCCCACGGCCGUCGGGGCGCCGUCCACGAGCCGCGAGGCGGAGCCCGAGCCCGACGAGGCGGAGCUGGACGAGAUGCAGACCCGGCUGGAGGCGCUGCGCUCUUAGUGAUACAAAACUUACUUUUAAAGGACUCGCUAGAUGGCAUGGAGCGUGAAGUCUGCUAUUGCCUUGUAUUUUGUACAUAAUAAGUUCUUAGAGAAUCGCUUAACGUUUAAUGUUGUGCAUUUUCGAAUAUUUACAAUUAUUUUUAUUAUAAAGUGUAUUUAUUUACUAAUUGGCAGAAUUAACUUCACAUUAUUUUCUUUGGAACUAAUUGUUUUUGAGAAUAAGAGUACCUUUUUUUGUUAAUCAAUUUCCAUAAAUAUAUGUAUAGAUAACCGUGAUUGAGUUGAUUGGCCAAAAAGUGUGUCCACAUGAGAUGGUAAAGUUGAGGCUGGAUCUCGCACUUAUUGCCACAGUCAAAAUCAUUUAAAAAAAACCCAUCAUCAAAAGUCCAUGUCAAUGUCACACUAAUUUUCUUCCAAAAUUUUACAUUUUAAAAUUGUUAUUUUAACUUGUAUAUUUGUUUUCCAUUGUUGAUAUUUAAUCUGUAUAAUUUGACAUGUUUUUAUACAGGCUGGUUUUUUAAGAACUCAAUCACAAAAGUUAUUAUUGAAUAAUUGUUAUAAACAUGCUGUUGUAGCUUAAAUGUGAAGUUUAUACGAUUGAAAUAAAUUAAUGCACUAAUCAUA